AUGGAGCCCCAAUUCAGCAGCAGCUACUACUAUGGCCGCGGCGCCGCCACCGCCUAUGCGCAUUGUGAUAGCCACUACAGCCUCCAACAACACUACGACGGCGGCGCCAUGGACGCCUCCGCCGGCUUCCAGCAGUUCUCCGCAUACGAUCCUCACACGUAUAGUGGCGACUACUACCAUUCUUCCUCAUCCGCGGCCAGCUGGUCGUCGUCUUCUUCCGGCGCCGCACCCUCCAACCACCACCAAAUGCAGCAGCUGCAUUUCGGCGGCGGCAUGGACGACGAAUACUACAGCUAUCAAGUAGACGGCAUGGGCGUGGCGGACAUGGAUCAGUUCGGCGCCCUCGUGGGAGCGACCUCCAUCUCCACCACCACCUCCAGCAACUCCUCCAGUGCUUCGUCGGCGGUGGCGCGACCCGGCGCCGCCGACGGCUCGAGCAGCUGCGGCUAUUUCCUGCCGCAGGCCGAUCAUCAGGCGGCCGACGACACGCCGCUGAUCGGGGUGCGGAAGCGGCCGUGGGGCAAGUACGCGGCGGAGAUACGGGACUCCACGCGCAACGGUGAGCGCGUGUGGAUCGGCACCUUCGACACCCCCGAGGCCGCCGCGCUCGCCUACGACCAGGCCGCCUACUCCAUGCGCGGCGCCGCCGCGGUGCUCAACUUCCCCGUCGAGCACGUGCAGGAGUCGCUGCGCGCGCUGGGGCUCACCGCCGCCGGCGCCGGGGACUCGCCCGUGAUGGCGCUCAAGCGGCGGCACUGCAUCCGCAAGCGCCUGCCCAAGAGCAAGAAGGCGGCCGCCGCCGGCAAGGAACAGACGACGGCGCCGAGCACCCACGGGCAUGCCAAGCGAAACCAAGCAGCGCCAGAUGCUUGCGUGCUGGAGCUGGAGGACCUUGGGGCGGAUUACUUGGAGGAGCUGCUCGCUCUAUCCGAUCAAUGA